AUGGUCCUCCUUCUUACGACAGACCGCAUCCUCGCCGCGUUCGAAGCUAUUCCAGCUUCGCGCCACGAGGAGCUAGACCUGCCUGCCACGCUCGAAGCGCAGGGCCCAAUAGCCCACGAGCAACUGAUCCGGCUCGCUAGAUACCUCCAAAACGACUCAGAAUACAAAGAACAUGCCUCUCAUACACCAACAGUCCUCAGCUCCCUCCUCCGCGGCACAAAAGUCUACGUUCCUCCGCCGCCAAAGAAGCCAGAGCCCAGCGCCGAAUAUCUCGCAUCAAAGGCCCGCCUCCUCGCCGUAGUAGAACAAGAAUCCUACAACCGCCUCUUAAACCCCGACUACCGUCCGAAUGCCGACCACGCAGAUCCGCACACAUCGCCGUACACAAGCGAUGGCCUAGUAGAAGAGGACACGCUGACGAUCUCGCUUGUUUCUAGCGUCUUCAUCUCGGUGAUUGUGACGGGAUUCAGCGUGUACGCAGCGCUCACGAAGUUCCCGACGCCAGAGAUCCUGUCGAGCGAGGCGGUUAAGGUUCUACUUGGUCUAUUUGCGGCGCUGAGUGUUGCUGUUGCCGAAUCGUUCUUGUAUUGGACGUAUCUUGGGAAAGUGGAUCGGGCGAAAGUUAAGGAGAGAAAGGUUAAGGAGAGGAAGGUUGUUAUUGGGGCGGUUGGGGAGGUGGAUAAAGUAGAUGAGGGUGUUGAGAUCGGGGCGGAGAAGGAGGAGAUUUGGGGGAAGGGGGUUAAUGGGGGUGUUAGGAGGAGGGUUAGGGAGAAGUGGGAAAAGAAGAAGGAUGGCGAGGAUGUGAGUCUUUAA